AUGGACCCCAUAAAUACCCAGAAUACCAGCACUAACCAUAUCAGCGACCACGACAUCUUCGGCGCCAAUUCCGGCGAAGUGUUCUUCUCUGUGCCUUGGGAUGUAGACGAAGGUGGGGCUCCGUACCCGCAGAUAGUCGAUCUCCAGUCGUCGCCCUUCUCGACCCUGGACCCGCCCGAGAACGAGUACCAGCUAGUUGUUGACUUUUCAGUGGCUCUCAGGGCACCACUGGCAGAGACUGAGCCAUUGCCGCACUACGAUGCCAGCAUCAGCAACAUCAGUAGCAGUAACAGCAGCGGCAACAACAGCGUCCAGGACGAGCCGCCAGCUCACGGCUCCAGUGCCCGAAGGGCCAGUCGACAGCCCGCGAGAGCUCUUGUGAAUGGCAGCUGCCGAACAGAACACGCGGGCAAUUCCGCCAACCACCAAUCCCCUGACACCGACUCUAGUGUCUCGGGAUCCCUGUACAUGAACGUGCCCAGCCCCUCAUCUGUCACUCGACGGAGGCGCUGA